AUGUCGCUAGGGUAUGCGUCUAAGCUGUCGUAUCGCGAGGACCUGGGCGGCCAACUGGGUGCCCCUGAGCUGUUUGACAGCCCAGAGGAGGUGGAGGCCAAGGCAGAGCGGAUGGCAGAGCUGGUACGCGGUGCCCGCCGCAUCAUCGCUUUCACGGGGGCCGGUAUCAGCACAGCAUGUGGCAUCCCAGAUUUUCGGGGGCCAGAAGGCAUCUGGACACUGCAGCGUGCAGGCCAGCCGCUGCCUCGCCCGAAGGUCUCCUUCACGCACGCCAAGCCGAGCCUAACGCACCAGGUGCUGGCGGCGCUCAUGCUGACCGGCAAGCUGGACUACCUGGUGAGCCAGAACGUGGAUGGCCUGCACCUGCGCAGCGGCAUCCCGCGCGCCUGCCUGGCGGAGCUGCACGGCAACUGCUUUGCCGAGCGCUGCCACGCGUGCGGCACCGAGUAUGUGCGCGACUUUGAGGUGGAGACGGUGGGGUUCAAGCGCACGGGGCGCAAAUGCAGCCAGCCGGGGUGCAGUGCAUCUCUGCGGGACCAGAUCCUGGACUGGGAGGAUGCGCUGCCAGAGGAUGAGCUGGAGCUGUCGGAGGACCAUGCAAAGGAGGCAGACCUGGCAAUUUGCCUGGGCACCAGCCUGCAGAUCACGCCCGCCUGCAACCUGCCGCUGAAGGCGACGCGCACGUACAAGGGCGGCGAGAAGCAGGAGCCGGGCCAGCUGGUCAUUGUCAACCUGCAGCGCACGCAGGCAGUCAAGUCGGGGGGCCUGGUGUGCCAUGCACGCUGCGAUGAGGUCAUGCGCCUGCUGGCGCGCAAGCUGCAGCUGGCGGUGCCGCCAUACGUGCGGCGUGAUGCCGUGGUGGGGAGAGGCGGCAGCGUGUCGAUGCCCUUUUCACUGUUUGUGCAGAGCAGCCACGGGCCCAAGUGCCCCAUGCCCAUGGUGCAGGCUGUGGACAUCUCGUUCGAGGACCCCGAUCUGCGGCCCGCCUCGCUCAAGGCGCCACCCUUUUCCGUGCGCCGCACUGCAAGGCGCGAGGGGCCCCUGCGCGCCCGCAUCACCCUGCACCUGCACGAUGCUGCGGAUGAGGACAAGCGCACCGUGGAUCUUACCUACACUGCAGACCUGCUGGCCGGCCUGCCGGCGCGGGCCAGCCGCCGCGAGGAGCGCCACGAGUUUGUGUCGCAGGUGGCGCGAUAUGACGACGGCGGCGAGCAGGAGGCGGAGGCGGCGGCAGGGGCAGCGGCAAAAGCAUCCUCGCCGCAGCAGCAGAUGAAGAAGCAACGCUUAUAG